AUGCAGAGGGAGCCAGGCGAUCCAUUCGGCGCUUCGUUCCAAGUGAGGACAGUAAAAGUUGGCAAUAUUUCAUUGAGUGCCUCAAAAAGGGAGAUCACAGAGUUCUUUUCUUUCUCUGGUGAUAUAGAAUAUGUUGAAAUGCAAAGUGAAACUGAUUGGUCACAACUUGCGUACGUCACAUUUAAGGACUCACAAGGAGCAGACACUGCUGUGCUUCUCUCAGGAGCAACGAUUGUUGAUCUUUCUGUCAUCAUAACUCCAGUUGAGAACUAUCAGUUGCCUCCUGAAGCCCACAAACAAUUACCGGGAGAGAAUUCUCCCUCUGCUGAAUCUGCAGUCAGGAAGGCGGAGGAUGUUGUGAGCAGCAUGAUGGCCAAGGGUUUUGUCCUCAGCAAGGACGCACUCAACAUGGCAAGGUCUUUCGACGAGCGUCACAACAUCAUGUCCACCGCCACCGCCACUGUCGUGUCUCUAGAUCACCAGUACGGCCUGAGCGAGAAGAUCAGCCUGGGCCGGGCGGUCGUCGGCAGCAAGGUCAAGGAGGUGGACGAGCGGUACCAGGUGUCGGAGCUCACAAGGUCCGCCCUGGCCGCCGCCGAGCAGAAGGCCAGCGUCGCAGGCUCGGCUCUCAUGGGCAACCAGUACGUCUCAGCCGGCGCCUCCUGGCUUACCAGCGCGUUCGGCAUGGUGACCAAAGCGGCGGGCGACAUGGGCUCCAUGGCCAAGGACAAGGUCGACAAGGCCGAGGAGGAGAGGAAGGCCAUCAUGUGGGAAGAGAGGAACGGGCUGGUGAGCGAGUAUGCGAAGAUCCAUCUGGACGAGCACUCCUCGUGGGAGCCCGCGGUUCUUCCCGUGGAAUCGAUGGACGAGCAGAAGCUCCAGGCCGUGUGA